UUAUAUAUAGGAGAAUUAAGAACUGUUAAAAAACCUGAGAAGCAUAAAAAUAAAGAAAUUUCUACACACGAAUAUUUCAUAGACAGCGUCUACGUGUCUGAUCAUGUCUGCGCGGCGAGAUUCCGCCGUCUUUCGUCCUCGCCAACGCCGUAUUGGUCUGGCAACGUCGCGGACGGCAUAGAUUCCGCUCCGCAACCGCAACCGCACGUUUGCUGGGCCGCCAUGAUACCAAAGCUGUGCUGGCCGUACAACGGUUUCUCCGCAGUGACGCGCAAGCCACUGCCGACGACGCGACGUAACGAACGUCGGACAUACGGCUGGCCGCGUGCGGAUGUUAUAUUGCCGAUUACUUUCACGUAUUACAAUCAACUGAGACCACCGGUGUGACAAAAAAGUUGUUUUACGGCAGGUGGAUCACUGCCGAGAUCGAUCUUUAUGCUUUUCUAUUUUGACUCCUUCAGGAGGGAUUUUUUAAUCUUUACCUCAAUCUUUUUUUCUUUUUCUCUUUCUGUCUUUCUCUUUCUUCCUCAUUUUAAAACACUCUUAGAUCAGUACAAAUUUCCUGAUAUCAAAAUAGUCCAUUUAUUUUGUCACAUUGUACGCGAAUCAAAAAACAAAACGAUUUGAUCGAGAAGAGCCAAGCGAAAAGUUGAGAGCAAGAAGGAAUUCUUGGAAACUCUAUGAGUAUGUUUGAUACGGAAAGGUUUAUUGAGGAGAUACAGAGGCGGCCUGCGAUCUAUGAUGUGAAACGCGGCGAGUACAACGACCGUAACGCCAAGAUGACCGCGUGGGACGAAGUCUGCCAGGUGAUGGUACCGAAUUGGGCGCACUUAACGGAUGAAGAUAGAAACAUACAAGAAAAAAAUUUGCGUGGGAAAUGGCGAAAUAUACGAGACUACUUUAUGAAAGAACUCAAGCUUCAAAAAUCCCAUAAAAAUGGACCUGCCGGCCGAAAGCGCAAGAAAUAUGUGUACUUCGAUAGAUUACUGUUUCUCAUGCCGACGGUAGAAAACAAAAGGAAUUCUGCGUCACUUAGCCCCCCGUCAAUGAGCCCAACACCAAUCAUUUGCAAGGAGGAGGAAAGCGAGGGUGAAGUGGAUAAUCCCGUAAUCGAAGAGUACGACGUACCUCUUGCACAUGGUGGUUCCGUAACAGGAAACAGGGAGUUUCUUCAAGGGGGUACGCCCUCCUACAAAAUGUGUCCGCGUUACUCGAAACAACUUUGUGAAACAUCUUUCACACCUUUUGACAACGAGAUACAUGAUAUUCUUUCCUCGCAUAGUAGUCAACGUGUUACCGUUGACGAAGAUGACUACGACAAAAUGUUUCUUCUCUCGUUGUUGCCGAUCAUCAGACAGGUACCGGAAGAAAAAAAACUUGAUGUCAGAAUACAAAUGCAACAAGUCCUUGCUAUGGCAAUUCGCCCGUCUGAUAAAAAGAUGGAUGUUGAAGUUUAAUUUCACUAUUCCAGCGUGAGAACUGACAAAUAGUAUAAAAGUUAUUUUUUCUAAUGUAUUUAAUAAGUUAUAUUUUCUAAUAUAUUUUGAUCACCAAGAUCAUUACGUGUUCGGUAAAGUACUUUGACAUAUUUUUCAAUAUAAAGCUUCAAUAUUGUAUAAAUAUACCGUGAUCAUGAUAAUUAUAAAUGUUGUAUUAAAGUACAUUUACAACUUAGUUAUUACUUAAGGAAAUACUCUAGAAUAUACAACACAUAAAUUUUAUACUAUUUUAAGAUAAACAUUAUGAAAUAUAAAUAUAUGACUGUGAUAUUAAGUUUUUGACAAUCAAAGACAUGAAAACAAUAUGUACUAUAUGGAUGCAAUCUCAUGAUCCAAUCAACAAAUUGACUUAAUUCUUGUGAAAUAUAAAAUAUAUAAAUUCA